AUGGCUACUGUAAAUGUGACUGAGUUGAUCAUUGCUGGCCUUUUCCAGGAUCCAGAGGUGCAGAAGGUGUGCUUUGUGCUGUUCCUUCCUGUGUACCUGGCCACAGUGUUGGGCAACGGCCUCAUUGUUGUGACAAUUAGUGUCAGUAAGAGUCUGAAUUCUCCCAUGUACAUCUUCCUCAGCUCCUUGUCCCUGGUGGAGAUCUGCUACUCCUCUACUGUUGUCCCUAAGUUCAUCACUGACUUACUUGCGAAGGUUAAAACCAUCUCUCUGAAGGGCUGUCUGACUCAGAUAUUCUUCUUCCAUUUAUUGGGGGUGGCCGAGAUUCUCCUGCUUGUGGUGAUGGCCUAUGACAGAUACGUGGCCAUCUGCAAACCUCUUCAUUACAUGAACAUCAUGAGUCAUCAAGUGUGUCACAUGCUGGUGGCUGGUUCCUGGCUGGGGGGCCUCAUUCACUCCAUAAUCCAGAUCCUCAUCACCAUUCCAUUGCCCUUCUGUGGUCCCAAUGUGAUUGACCACUACUUCUGUGACCUGCAGCCAUUAUUUAAGCUUGCCUGCACUGACACUUUUAUGGAGGGGGUUAUUGUGAUGGCCAACAGUGGUCUAAUCUCUAUAAUCUCUCUCUUCAUCUUGGGGUCCUCCUAUGCUAUUAUCCUAAUCAGUUUAAGGAAGCAUUCUGCAGAGGGGAGACGCAAGGCCCUUUCCACCUGUGCCUCUCACAUCACGGUGGUCAUCUUGUUCUUUGGACCUGCCACCUUCCUUUAUCUCCGACCCUCCUCCACCUUCACUGAAGAUAAACUUGUGGCUGUGUUCUACAGUCAUUACCCCCAUGCUGAACCCUAUCAUCUAUACAUUUAGAAAUGCAGAGGUGAAAAAUGCCAUAAAGAAGUUGUGGGACAAAAGGAACCCAGAGACAG